AUGGCGCACAUCGUCGUGUACAACAACCGCGAGACCAUCAGCAUACCCCUGGGUGCUAUUGACCUGCCUCCUAGCCCUUUCGAACCAUCUUCCGUUGCUGAUGAAGAGCAGACGUGGUCUACGGUGUCCGACGAAUGUGGCAGCUCUGGUUUGCUUUCAAAGCUGCGACAACUGGAUCGUCGUUCGCUCUUCACUGGCUCCAUUGCCGACCUUGAAGUGACAUAUCUUAUCCCUCCCCCCACCGACGGUGACGAUGCAUCACGAGCCCGACUGGAAAGUCUAUGCAAUGGCCUUAAACUUGGAGGCAACGAUGAGACUUUCCGACUGGAUGGUCUGAUGAACACCUUUCUUUUGGAAUCCUCGCUCCGCGUCAAUUUGGACGCCUUCGCCACAUUCAUGAUCCAUAUGCCAUUAUUGGAGUUCGCCCGUCUUUGCGACCAGCUCAGGAGAGACAACGAAGCCUGGGCCGAAAGAGCAAAGCACAAUCCCGGCGCGGAGCGUAUUCUAGGUAGCGCCAACUCGUACGAGAUUCAGUGUCUGUCUUUCUACGCCCUUUCGCCUGCUUUCCUACCCAAUGGCGCAACCAUCCCGAUCCUGCCGAAUGAACAUCGGACGCUUGAUCGCCCUUGCCCCCAUGCUGUACCUGAUCAUCAGAGGCCUAGGCAUGCGCUUGACCACAUCUGCGAGUUUCCGUAUCCGCCUACGUAUCGCGAGAGGAACGAGAAGCUUUCCCCGCUCGCAUUGGCGGUCAAUGCGCAUUUCAAGCUGCAAACCUGGAAAGCAAGAGAAUUCGAUACCUCUGAUAACUUCAUCUUGGAGCAAUACUGCAAGUUCUCGGACAUGUUCAUGGAUUUGCUAUAUUUUGUACCCUCUGUCUCGCCUCGAGACAGCGAGAACCCAGCUCCGUCGCUCGUCCCCAGCACCGCCAGGGAUAGCUCAGCUCUGCUACAUCUCGGUACAUCAUUUACAAUCGCUACUGUCGACGACCUCGAUGACGAUUACGAUGACGAUUACGAAACCGACAGCGACGAAAACACUGGAUAUGACCUCACCGCCGAGGAGGUGGCCAUCGUUUCCCAACGGGCUUCAGACGGAUCCCUCGGGGAUACUGAGAGAGCCGAGGCGGCAAUGCUCUUGAUCGGGAUGGCAGGAUAUACCUUGCAACCGGACAAUCCACUCGCAACCAGAUUCUAG